AUGGUGCACAUCAACGAGUUGGAGGGGUGUGGUGUAUUGGCGGCUCUUAUUGCUGAAAUGGGAGCACAAGGCAUACUCAAGGGGUACCUUGUGCCCGGCUCAGAUUCCUCAACUGGGCAAAAUGUGGGGAUUCUUACCAAAAUUGAUCCCACUCGCCCACUUAAGCGGAGCGAAGUUAGAGUCUCAUACCCUGUGGAGGGCUCAAAGUGCAAAAGCAAAGCACAGGGACUUACCGCGGUGUCGAAGCAUUAUCUGGCCCAAUUUAAAAUCUUAUUGACUGACGGAGAGGCUUUGGAUUUUUACAUGCUUGGAUGCCAUUUGCUUGCAUAUCCCACAGAUCCUAAAAGAUGUUCGAUGCGGGAGGCGCAAGCACAUGUAAUGCGGCACUUUUUGAAAACCGAGAUAUCCAAAACUGGCAUUUCGGAGGCAAUAAUUUUGGGCGACAUUAACGACUUUGAUGAGGAAGUUAAAGUGCCCUAUCAGCGCCCUUCAAAGUCACGGGUUCUGAGCAUCCUUAAAGCUUCACACACAUCCAUGUUGAAAAAUGUAGCACACAUGAUUCCAUUUGAAGAUCGCUACUCAUGUUGGUACGAUCGGAAUGGAAAUUGCUUCGAUGACGGCAAUAAGGAGCGGUCUCUUAUUGGUAAAGAGCGGCUUCAAUUAUUGUAG